AGUUCCACCUCCAGACCAAGAAGAGAAGACGAUGCAGCGUGGUUUGAGGGGAUUCCGUUUUGCUCGCCGGCUCUGCUACUAUUCCUCAAAUUCCUACUCCUCUUUCAUUGCACGACGUCGUACUUUCAUAGCCUCAACUUUGCCAACACGCUCACACGAGUUGUUCUACACCGCAACUCCUGCAGACAAACGCCCUCUCCACCGGCAUCAUCCUCAUCAUAGUUCUUGCAUUGCUAAUGAUAAAAACACUGACUGUGGGAAGGAUGAGGUAAUCGACAUUGAUGCAUCCCCGGAAAUUGCAGUCCCCAGAUUAGCUCCGCAUCAAGCGGAUGAGCAUUUGUCAAUAGAGGUUGCUCUGGAUUCGGUAGUGAAAAUAUUCACCGUCUCCAGUAGCCCAAACUACUUCCUUCCCUGGCAGAACAAGUCCCAGCGGGAGUCCAUGGGUUCUGGAUUUGUUAUCCCUGGAAGAAGGAUUCUGACAAAUGCUCAUGUUGUUGCUGAUCAUACUUUUGUACUUGUAAGAAAGCAUGGCUCUCCCACUAAGUAUAAAGCAGAAGUUCAAGCAGUUGGUCAUGAAUGUGAUCUGGCUAUUUUGGUGGUUGAAAGUGAAGAAUUCUGGGAGGGUAUGAGUUUUCUAGAGUUUGGAGACAUCCCGUUCCUGCAAGAGGCCGUAGCUGUUGUUGGGUACCCGCAAGGUGGGGACAAUAUUUCCGUUACUAAAGGUGUGGUCUCCAGAGUUGAACCCACACAGUAUGUGCAUGGUGCAACCCAGCUAAUGGCAAUACAGAUUGAUGCAGCAAUAAACCCAGGAAAUAGUGGUGGCCCAGCUAUCAUGGGCAAUAAAGUUGCUGGUGUAGCCUUUCAAAACCUGUCAGGUGCUGAGAACAUUGGUUACAUAAUUCCUGUUCCAAUUAUAAAGCAUUUUAUUUCUGGCGUGGAAGAAAAUGGAAAAUAUGUUGAAUUCUGCUCUAUGGGUCUGUCAUGCCAGCCGACUGAAAACGUUCAACUUCGAAACCAUUUUAAAAUGCGCCGUGAUAUGACUGGGGUUCUUGUGAGCAAAAUUAAUCCUCUCUCUGACGCACACAGGAUCCUGAAGAAAGAUGAUAUAAUCAUUGCAUUUGAUGGUGUGCCCAUAGCAAAUGAUGGAACAAUUCCUUUCCGGAGCCGAGAGCGAAUAACAUUUGAUCAUUUGGUGUCUAUGAAGAAACCAAAUGAAACAGCUUUAGUCAGAGUGUUGAGGGAUGGUGUAGAAUAUGAAUUCAAAACCAUUCUCAAACCUUUGCAACCACUAGUUCCUGUUCAUCAAUUUGAUAAACUUCCUAGCUAUUACAUUUUUGCUGGUCUGGUAUUUGUCCCUCUUACUCAGCCAUACCUUCACGAGUAUGGAGAAGACUGGUACAACACUUCACCUCGUCGAUUGUGUGAACGUGCACUCAGGGAGUUGCCUAAAAAGGCUGGAGAACAACUUGUUAUCCUUUCUCAGCUGCUGAUGGAUGACAUCAAUGCAGGGUAUGAACGUCUUGCAGAAUUACAGGUUCCACCAUCUAUCCCAUGUGAAGAAAGUGAAUGAAGUGGAAAUUGAAAAUUUGAAGCAUCUAUGCCAGCUCGUUGAAGGGUGUAAUGCGGACAACUUACGGUUUGAUUUGGAUGAUGAUAGGGUAAUUAUAUUGAACUACCCAUCUGCGAAAAUUGCCACUUCAAGAAUAUUAGAACGUCAUAGAAUAUCUUCUGCAAUGUCCAGUGACCUUACUGGUGAACAGAACAAGUCCGGAAAUGUAAGAUGACCGGAAUGAGCUGAACCUUAGCAGAAUAUAUCGUGAAAAAUGUAAUGCCGCACCUGAUUGGCCUUCUUCAGAAUGUUUCUUCUCGAAAGGGAUGCCCAGUUUUCUAAAAGAAUACCUACCAAAAAGGCAAAAACUGAAUGCCAGCUAUGUACUCAACGUCCAUCAAAUUUUUUAUGUUGGAGUUCAUUGAUCCCACCAUUUUUCAUGUCAUUGCAAGUAUUUGAUUUCAGACUUUGACUUGAAUCAACCUGUAGUUCCAACUUCAUUGUGCCAAUCAAUUCCGUUAUAGUUCAUUUAAAA